AUGACGUCGCCGAUCCCAAACUCCCAUGACCCCGACUUCGUCUAUGGAGCGCAUCAAGCAGGUCAUCUACUUCCCCAGAGGCCAAGUCACAGCAACAGCGAGGUCGCAUCGACAGAGAACUUUGGCUACAAUCGUACCCGAGACGGCUCCGAGGAGGAUCUCUUCCGAGGCCUCAACAGCUAUCGUGUGAGCGGUACGCGCAACCAUGAGUUCAAAACUUAUCUGCUGGACGGAAAGAUCGAGAAACCUUGGACUGCGGACAAGAAAUACAAAGCGCCCCGCAAGGGCAAUUGGUUUAUUCUUGGAGGGCUCUUCCUUGCGAUAGCUGUCAGCGCCGUUGUGAACUGGAGGAUCGCGGUCGGCGUUCCCAACCACGAGUAUUGUCUAGUCCUGGACGAUUCCUUCAGCACCCUCGAUAAAUCCAUCUGGAGGCAUGAAGUCCAACUUGACGGAUUCGGUACGGGCUCAUUCGACUGGACAACGACUGAUGACCGAAAUGCCUUUACUGAUGGAGAUGGACUUCACAUCGUUCCCACCUUCACAACUGCCACAACCCGUAUUACUGAAAAGCAAUUACACGAUGGUUAUCAUCUGAACUUGAACCAGUCAAAACAAGGUGACAAGUCAUGCACAGCCCCCAAAUCAGCCCAAUACUAUAUCGAUGAAUGCACCAGGAAAUCCAACAUCACCUCCCACGCAAUCAUAAACCCCGUGAGGUCAGCACGCCUCACUACGCAAGGUGCAAAAUCGAUCCGGUAUGGUCGUGUUGAAGUCGUGGCCAAGAUGCCAAAGGGCGACUGGCUCUGGCCGGCCAUCUGGAUGAUGCCAGAAGAUUCCCGUUAUGGGAUUUGGCCCCUCUCUGGCGAGAUUGAUAUCAUGGAAAGUCGCGGCAACGCACGUGGCUACAGGAACGGCGGCAGAGAGACAGUCUCAAGCACGCUGCAUUGGGGUACCUCGUGGAAGACCGACAACUUCUACAGAACGACACAAAAACACAAGAUCCAAAGAACAGACUAUUCCGAGGGUUUCCACACGUUCGGGCUCGAGUGGGAUAAGGAUUACAUCUACACAUGGGUCGACAAUCGACUUCAGCAAGUUCUCUACGUCGACUUCACGAAAAAGGAUCUAUGGCAACGCGGCCAUUUCCAAGGCGACUACGAAAACGCAACGCAACUCACCAACCCGUGGUACAUUUCAGGAAACAAGAAUGCACCUUUCGAUGAAAAAUUCUACCUGAUUCUCAAUGUUGCGGUCGGGAGUCGCAAUGGCUGGUUCUUGGACGGAGUUGGCGACAAGCCAUGGGUUGACGGGAGAGACUCUGCAGCCUCUGACUUCUACGGCGCCAGAUCGGAGUGGGAACCGACCUGGGGACCGGGGAACGAACGCGGUCUGACGGUCAAGAAUGUCAAAAUGUGGCAGCAAGGUAAAUGUAGCACAUAA